AUGUCGGCCCUUGCUCUGCCGCUGCUGCAGUUGCUGUUUCUUACCUCCCUCGCAGCAGGAGCGACAGGACAGGAGCAGCAGCUAACAGUACAGACAGCCACGGGCACGUACACGGGGCUCAUAGACACCGAUGCGUUCCCGGGGGUGCGGCAGUUCCGCAGCAUCGCGUACGCGGAGCCGCCGAUCGGGGCGCGGCGGUGGCUGGCACCCGUAGCAGCGCCAGCGUCGCGGCGGCAGUUCUUCGCGCGCCGCUUCCCGCCGUCGUGCCCGCAGUACCAGUCGCGCAACCUGACGGCCUGGACCACCAACAUCACCGACUUCGCCGUGCGCCUGUACGGCCAGAGCUUCACCGCCGGUGCCAUGGCCCAGGCGUCCUCCGAGGACUGCCUGUACCUGGCCGUGUGGGCGCCGCUGCUCAACUCGUCGUCCUCUGUCACGACCCCCACCACGGCAGCGGCAAACACGACGCAGCAGCCACUGCUCCCCGUCGCCCUAUUCCUACCAGGUGGCGACUUUGUCGGCGGCGGCGUCGACGUACCUUACCAGAGGCCCGCAGGGCUCGUAGCACACGCCGCAGCCGCCGGACAGCCCGUCAUCGCCGUGACGGCCAACUACCGCGUCAACAUCGCAGGGUUCCCGUGGGCGGCGGGCUUGGCGGCGCAGAACGUCGGCGUGCUCGACAUGCGCGCCGCCCUCGAGUGGGUGUACGCCAACAUCGCCGCGUUCGGCGGCGACCCUGCCCGCAUCACGCUGUGGGGCCAGAGCGCCGGGGGUGUCGCGGCGGAUUUGCUCGCGUACGCCUACCCGGAUGAUCCGCUGGUGGCCGGCCUGUUCCUGCAGUCGGGUACCGCGAUGGUGAAUAUCUCGUAUCCCGACGCGGGGCAUACGAAUUUCACGUUCGUGGCGCGGAAUGUUGGGUGCGACUUCCCGUCGGACCCGGCCGCGGAACUGGCGUGCAUGCGCCAGGUGCCCAUGUCGCUGCUGCAGAACUUCGUUGGGCAGUACAAGGACAACGGCACACGCCCAUCCCUAACCUUCAAGCCCGUCCCGGAUGGCGAGCGCGUCUUCUUCAACUACACGGCGCGGACCGCGGCGGGGCGCAUCGCGCGGGUGCCGGCCCUGGUCAGCACGACGUCCAACGAGCAAUCCACCCUCUACCGGUACCCAACAACCAACGUCACCGCGGGGCCGUGGCAGGCGGGGGUCGACGCGGCCACCGUCGGCGUGUUCGUGUGCCUGGCCAGCAACACGACGGCAGCGCGCGCGCGGCAGGGCCUGACGACGUACCGGUACGAGUACGCGGGCAAUUUCAGCAGCCUAACGCCGCUGCCGUGGAUGGGCGCCUACCACGCAAGCGACGUGCCCAUGCUGUUCGGCACGUACGGCGGCCGCACGGGCGUCGAGCCGUUCCAGCGCCUCGUGGCGGAUGCCAUGCAGGACUCGCUGAUUGCUUUCAUGUAUGACGCUGAGAACGGCCUGCGCGCCCGCGGCUGGCUGCCCCACGACCAGCUCGCCGGCAGCGCCGUCGGUGGACGCAACUUGAUGCGCUUCGCGGCCGGGGGCAUCGUGGCGCAGAAUGUCAGUGCGGCUCAGGUUGACGACGCGUGUGUGCUCGGGACAAAGUACAAUUCUAGUCCGUGA